UUCCCAUCGGGUCCCAACAUCGGCAAUCUCCGGACGGGCUCGGCUCCGCCCCGGCCCGCCAGCGCUCGGCUGUUUCCGGAAGCCGCCGCCGCUGUCAGUGACGAUGGCGAGCGGCCGGGCUGCCGAGCGGCCGCGCUUUGUCCCCGAGGAGCGGCGGGGCGGGGGUUCGGGCGGGGGAGCGGCGGGCGUCGGAGCCCAGCAUCACCCGGAGGCGAGCGGGCCGUCCAGCGGGCUCGGCAUGAAGAUGGGGAUGAACCUGGGCCUGCCCGGGGCCGAGAAGAAGCAGCAGCAGCAGCAGCAAGAAUCGGAGCAGGAUGCAAAGGUUGGGGUGACCUCCCAAAUGUCCAGCCUGCGCAUGUCAGAAGGAAGUGACGAGGGCCAGACAGGAGCAGGAAGCAGACCACAGAGUGCAAAACUGGCGACAGCAGAAGACCGUCCUGGGGAAGGUGUGGAGAAUCGAUUGGACCAGGCAACGGCAUCGAAGGAUGAGCAACCACAGCAGCCUGCUCAGAACGGCAAGCCCUGCGAGGUGGCUCCUACUGCACUUGCUGCAUAUCGGGUUCGCAAAGUUAGCAGUGAUUCCGUGAUAAUUCAGUCUGACCAUGGGGGCCCAGAGAAACUACCCCCCGAUCCACUGGAGGGUCCUGGGAGAGUUGUUCCCGUAAUCGAUGCUGCGGCGACCUGGAUUUCCACAGAACUUGCGGAAUUUAAGGAGAAGGUGAGGCGGGAAAAGGCAGGAGUGAUGACGGUGAGGCGUGGGAACGUGGUGACGGUCCGAGUCCCCACCCACCCCGAGGGCACUAGCAUCUGUUGGGACUUUGCCACGGACACCUAUGACAUUGGCUUUGGGAUUUACUUUGAGUGGGCGCCGGUGACCGACACAGAGAUUACCGUGCUGGUCAGCGAGUCGAGUGAGGAAGAGGAGGACGAAGACGCAGAAGUGCCCCCGAUCCACGGAGACAUUGAGAGGGGAACGAAAGACUUCAGCCGCUCCGACCUGGAAGAGAUCCUGCCCGUCUACCGAAAGGACAGUCACUUGGAGGUCCAGUCUGGCAGUCAUAAGUACCCGGGCCAGGGGAUCUACCUCCUCAAAUUCGACAACUCCUACUCCAUAUGGAGGCACAAGACCUUAUACUACCAGGUCAACUACAGCUUGUAACAAGGUGGUGGAGGGGCACUGCCCGCAGCAUGCCUCUCCCAUCUCUCCAGGGAUAACCUCACUCGGAGUCAACUCCUUGUUUUCUCUCUGUGACGAUUGUUUUUCUUUGCAAGAAUCUGACUUCAGCAACCUGCAAACCUGCGUACUGUCCCCUGUCCCCAGCUCCUCUCGUGCGUGGCUCCUCCUUGGUUUGUUUUUGUUUUCCCGGUGUUGUCAUUGUGCUAGCUAUUGUGCUCCUGGUAGCACUGAAGUUUUAUAUAUAAUUAUAUAUCGUUACACUUGAAGCUUUACUCUGUGUUCUGUGCCAUUUUAUAUGUUUAAUAUCUCUAGUCUGUUGAAGGGCACAAGCUGCAAGGACGUUACUGGUGCAAUAUUUGAUUUCAGCUUUGCUUUUGCGAUGGGUUGCAGCUGCAUUUGGAGUAUUUCCAAGUCAUCCUUUUCCCACAGCUCCCCCCUCCCCCCAGGAAUGCCAGCAAAGAUUAGAUAUUCAGAUAUUCGUCUUUUAAUUACAAAAAUUUGCAUCCUAUUCUGAGUACAGGAGCCUUGGAAAGAAAAUCUAAUUGGGACGGGAAGGGAGUGAAUGUCAUUUGCAUCUUUCAAAAGACUCCAUAUAUUUUGUAUUUCUAUGUAUUGUCUGUAAAAAGAUAAAUAAAGAUAAAUUCUAACCUUGAA